GAGAGCUCCCGGAGAAGCAGGACUCCGCCAUCUUCAUAGUGAAAGAAAAGAAAAAAAAAGGCAGCAGGUCUUGUUCUAUUUUCAAAAGGGGUGGCAGUGUGUGUCCCCGGUCUCCUUAGUGCCGUACAAGGGGAGCCAGAGUAAAAGAGUUGGAGAGACUGAAAAGUAUUUGGCAUUCCAUGCUCUAGGGUAGUACCAGUGUACAGAGAGAAGAGGUGCCCAUCGCUUGGCAAACCCAAGUGCCGAGAGGACAUUGGAUUCUUUUUUCAUUUUAUUAUUAAUUGUUUAAACAUUUUUUCCUUUAAGAAACAAAACAAAACAAAAAAAUAAGAAUCCCGUCCAAACACCUGAGCCACAGACUUGGCGAACAGUGGUGGUCACCGUACCCCAGCUGUCAAAGCAGCGCACAGGGCAGAGCGUUUUGAUUGUCCAGAAAGGUAAAGAGACAUUCGGAGUGCUUUGCUCAAAACUGUCACUCACAGGCGUGAAACGUCAAGGAUAUUUCCAGCUUUUGUGCCGGUCACAUUCACUCGUCAUACACCUUUGCCAGAUGGUGUGACGGAGAGAAGAUUGGAGGUGAAACAGGGCUGUGUGUCUAAGGUCUGGUCAUCGGGAAGGCUAGAGUGGACUUAAGAGGCUAGGCGCAAAGACUCGCUCUUUUUGAACAAGGGACCACUAUAAAGUCUGAUUUAUCCAACUGGCGGUCCAAGCAGCAGAGCAGAGCAGAGCCAUUUCUGAGGAGGUCCUAGGAAAAGUUACUGAAGGAAAAACGGAAGAAGAAAACGGGGGAAGCAAGCCGAUCCUUCUAAGUGCAGGUCUCCGGGCGAUGCGUGUGUAAAUGCCAGGGCAAUGUCCCGUCGCAAGCAGGGAAACCCACAGCACUUGUCUCAAAGGGAAAUAAUAACGCCAGAAACCGAUCAUGUGGACGCAGGGCUGGCUGUGGCCGAGGGGCAUCCGGCGCUGGACCCCUCCAUCCCCGGCUCCUUGCCGGGCGGGAUGGGCGACCACGACCUGCUCACCUGUGGCCAGUGCCAGAUGAACUUCCCCCUGGGGGACAUCCUCAUUUUUAUCGAGCACAAGAAGAAGCAGUGCCAGGGCCUGAUGGGCGGGCCCGGCUGCUACGACAAGAUGGUGGACCGCAGCAGCCCUUCGCCGCCGCGCCCCGAGCUUAGGAAAGUGGUGGAACCAGUCGAAAUCGGAAUCCAGGUGACACCCGAGGAGGAGGACGAGAGACUGUUGACACCCACAAAAGGAAUUUGCCCCAAGCAAGAGAGCGUCCCAGCAGGUAGAGAUGAACCCUCAAGCUACAUAUGCACAACAUGCAAGCAGCCGUUUACCAGCGCCUGGUUCCUCCUCCAGCACGCCCAAAACACACACGGGAUCCGCAUCUACCUGGAAACCAACCACUCCAACAGCUCGCUAACCCCGAGGAUCACCAUCCCUCCCCCCAUGGGAGCCGAGUCCAUACCCCAGUCCACUCUCACCAACUUCCUGGGGGACAACAACCCUUUCCACCUCCUGCGGAUGACUGGACCCCUCCUCCGCGAGCCGCCGGGCUUCGUGGAGAACCGCCUGCCCAGCACGCCCCCCUUCGUCAGCCCGCCGCCCCGCCACCACCUGGACCCCCACCGCCUGGAACGCCUUAGUGCCGAGGAAAUGGGUUUAAUCUCCCAGCAUCCCAGUGCCUUCGAGAGAGUAAUGCGCCUGACGCCCAUGGCAAUAGAGUCCCAGUCGAUGGAUUUCUCCCGGCGACUCCGAGAGCUGGCCGGGAACACCAACUCCACCCCUCCGCUCUCGCCGAGCCGCGCCAACCCUAUGCACCGUCUCCUCAACCCCAACCCCUUUCAGCCCAGCCCCAAGUCUCCCUUUCUGAGCACCCCGCCACUGCCGCCCAUGCCGCCCAAUAGCACCACCCCUCCCCAGCCCCAGGGCAAGAGCAAGUCCUGUGAGUUCUGCGGGAAGACGUUCAAGUUCCAGAGCAACUUGGUCGUGCACCGGCGGAGCCACACGGGCGAGAAGCCCUACAAAUGCCAGCUAUGUGACCACGCUUGCUCCCAGGCCAGCAAGCUUAAGAGACACAUGAAGACGCACAUGCACAAGUCCGGCUCCAUGACCGGGCGGUCUGACGAUGGCCUCUCCGCCACAAGCUCUCCGGAGCCGGGGACUAGCGACAUUGUCGGGGAGGGCAUGAAAAACAGAGAUGGGGACUUCCGGGGUGAAGGAAUGGGACCAGACAAUGAAGAAGAGGAGGAAGAGGAGGAGGAGGAGGAGCUAGAGAAUGAGAGUAGGCCAGAGUCGAAUUUUAGCAUGGACUCAGAGUUCAGUCGCAAUCGGGAAAAUGGCUCCAAGCCCCCACCUGAUGAGAAGGCCCUAUCUCUAGGCAAGAUUGUAGAAAAUGUAGGUUUAAGCACUAUACAGCAGUACAAUAACUUGAUAGUUGACAAUCGGAAAAGGCUCCCCUUCUCCAAGAGGAGCUCGGAAGGGCAGCGAGACACAGGAGACGAGGACUCAGUGGUGGGAGAGAUGGACCAGGUGGAGCGGGCGACAGUGAACGGUAGGAACUGUGGCUCAGGUGACUCUUUCUCAGGCCUGUUUCCUCGAAAGCCCACCCCAAUCACCAGCCCCAGUCUGUCCAACUCCUCGGCCAAGAGGAUCAAGAUCGAGAAAGACCUGGACAUGCCUCCCGCCCCCCUCAUCCCGUCCGAGAAUGUCUAUUCCCAGUGGCUGGUGGGCUAUGCAGCGUCGCGGCACUUCAUCAAAGACCCCUUUCUCGGGUUCACCGACUCCAGACAAUCUCCGUUCGCCACGUCUUCUGAGCACUCCUCGGAAAAUGGCAGCCUCCGUUUCUCCACCCCCCCUGGGGACAUGCUGGACGGGGGCCUCUCAGGUCGCAGCGGGACAGCCAGUGGCGGCAGCACCCCUCACCUGGGAGGGGGUCCCGGACCGGGCCGGCCCAGCUCCAAGGAGAGCCGCAGGAGCGACACCUGCGAGUUCUGCGGCAAGGUCUUCAAGAACUGCAGCAACCUGACGGUCCACCGGCGCAGCCACACGGGAGAGCGCCCCUACAAGUGCGAGCUGUGCAACUAUGCCUGCGCCCAGAGCAGCAAGCUCACCCGCCACAUGAAGACGCACGGCCAGCUCGGACUUCCUGUGAUGUGUAGUUGAACAUUCUAAGAAGUAGCAACUUUGUCACAUAAAGAAUGCACAGCUGAAUUUUUUCUUUUUUUUUUUUUUUGGUUUUUGUAUUUUUUUUUUUUAUUUGGUCUUCAGCAAGCAACACCUAUGCCUAAAUCACAACUCUGCAUUAUUGUGAAUAAUGUACUGCAUUCCCCUGAGUUCAAGCAACCCAAAUUGUAGCAUUGAGGGAAAAAUUUUAAUGAAAAAAAAAAGGAAAAAAUAGAUCUACUCAGCUGACCUGCACUUUAUGAUUUGUUUGUACACAAAAAGGUAAAGAAAAAAAAGCGGCUUCUAGGCAAGAAAUUACAUUUAAUGGAUUGACUUGGCCUUGCAAAAGGGUUAUAGUACAAGGGAGCAUCUGAGAUUCAAGUGCCAGUGUUGCUAGGCAUGGCAUUCACAAUGCUGGCACUAUAAAAAAAAUAAUAAAAAUAAUAAUAAAAAAAUUAAUUUAUUGGGACAGUUUUUGUACUGCCAUUCAAUUUGACGUGAGUGUGCCUUGAAUACUGAUCUUCCUAUUUAUUGUCUCCUGAGACGAAUGAAACUCUUUUGUGAAGCAAAAGGAUUGAACAAAAAAGAGAGGUGUCAAUUACUCAAGGUAGUCCUAAUUUGCUUAUAAGGUUCCAAUAGAAUAUCAGAAAUAAAUUGUAAAAGGCGAGGAAAGAUGCAUUUAGGUAUAAAAAAGUACCCAGCACAACAUUCAUGUGUCUGUGUGUGUAUAUAUGUAUGCAUAUGUACAUAUAAAGGCACAAACGUAUAUAUUGAAUUCUUCACUUCAGGACAAGACUGCGUCCCUCGAUAGAAAAAUCGCCGGAGUGGAUUGUUAUGCCACAGAUAGUCAAGGAAGAGACUGGACAAAAAUCAGGAACAGCAGAAACUUAAAAAAAGAAUUUAGUGCACUCUGUCUUAAAAUACGUUUACAGUAUUGAAACAAGUACAAGGGUAAAAUAAUAUUUGUGUGUAU